AUGCGUUCAAACUCGAGAGAAAACGUGACGGUGGUGGUCACCAUCAGCGCGGCGGGUGCCACCCUCGCCCCGUGGAUCAUCUACAACGGACAGCGUCUGCAAGCGGACUGGGUCAAAGGCAGAAACGGCCCUCCGAACGCGAGACUGGCAGUCACCGAUUCCUCGUUCAUGCAGGGGAUCGUAUUGGUCAACUACAUUCGCGACUUUCACCGGCAGCUUCUCGACCGCGGCUUGAUCAACGGCACGCCACACGUGCUCGUGCUUGAUGGCCACGCCUCGCAUGUUACCUACGAAGUUGUCAAAUUGGCCAGGAACCUAAACAUCGUCCGUUACCAGAUACCGUCCCACUCGUCUCAUGUUGUUCAGCCCUUGGACGUCAAAGUGGGGGAGGGGGUUGUGGCGAAUGCCACUGGGCGGGGUGCUGGUCGUGGUCGAGUGGUCGGAAGGGUAGUGAGGAAUGCCGGCGUAUGCAGGUCAGGGCGAACGCUGACGCCGGCACGCGUAGUCGACGUGUAGGUUUUUCUGUACCGAUCCGAACUCAACCUAGAUUGAUUACAAAUCGAUUGAAACCGCCCUUGGAAUUGGCAAGGAGUCGACAAUCAAGUGGUUGGAUUUUUUUUUGGAGCGUCGAGCAGUUCUGCGAUUGUAAGAGGCCACGCUGCACCGUCCUAGCGGUUUGAAUCAGUUUCUGACUGGAAAACCCGGGGAUGUGACCACUCUGUCCCCGGUUGGGGACUCCUCCCCCCCGUUUGUAUGUACUUGCUCCUUGCUUUAGUGUCGAGGUCAGUGUCAAACGGCGAAUCAUGGGGUGAAAGCGAAGUAGAGAAAAACAAGAGAUGCAGCGUCGUGCAUAUCGGGACUGGGGGUUGCCGUAGACGGACGCGAACACCGGUAUAUGCACCCGCUUCUUA